AUGUCUAUCACAUGGGUUAGUUUAUCAACGCGAUGGGGUCUCACCAGCGUGCAAGCCGCUCUCAAUGUCGUCAUGUCAGUACUAGGAACGAUUGGGAUCUGGACAAUGUCUCGAUACUGGUGGCAGCGAGGCGGAAAGAAGAUCUUGAGCCAGAAGCCAGACAUCCCUCUUCCCCAAAUGCUCAGCAUCGCUAGUCCUGGCGAGGGCUAUGAUGCGGUGAACGUCCUCCGUUGGAAACUGUUUUCAAAGAAACACUUCCUGUUACUCCUCCAGGUGAUGAGCGUUUUCAUAGCCGCAUUGGCAAGCGGGCUAGCAGGUCCACUUGCCCAGGUUUCGCUCAGAAGUACUAAAACUGUCCGAUCACAGACAGUCGAAGUGCUUCAAGCGUGGGCUAGUGGCGAAGACUUUGGCAACCGCAACAACGCAAAUGUGGAAUGGAAUGAUACCAUGACCAGCUUGGAUGUAGCUGGCUUCCCAUAUACUCAGAUGAUGGAUUACCUACCUCCAUCUUCAAUACUGUGGACUUACACUGCCAGCGAAUGGGAUCCAACAUGGAGUGCGGAUUGCAGCUUUGAAGAGGAAACCCUGCUGAGAGACCUGGUCGCUUCGGGCGAGUCUACGUUUUAUGAGCCCCUCAAGGCUUUCCCUUCCUACCGAGACACUUACAAUACGACGUGGCUCAAUGCAUCACAGUUCAGGCCUGAAGCAAAUUUUGCUGGCGAAAUGAGAGUUACUGAGGAGGGCGAAAUGGUUAUGAAAGAUAUGAUAAUCUGGAUCCUUAUCCAAUCGGAGCCGAUGGUCAACGACCGAGCCAUGAACAACAAUGAAACGCUGCACUUAUCGCUAUCAUCCCUACACGUCAAAGACUUCCAAGUCAUGACGUUUGACGACCCAACAAAUGGCGGUGAAACUGAGUGGCGACCCAAUGGCACCGUUGCGAACGCGAGUUAUACCCGAGUGGAAUGCACCAUCUCCCGCAAGCCUGUGGUCCUCGACGAAAACGCAAUACCAUGGAUAUGGACGAAUGACACAUACUCCAUUACCAACGCGUACAGACAGUUUUGGAUGACAUAUGUCGGAGAGCAGUCGAACGCGAACCUGACAGUCGCUCCGCUAACGCCGCAUGAACUGUUCCGUUUCUAUCAAACUUACAUGAUAUCAGUGAACACUUGGAAUGCGAGGCCAUAUUUUCGGAACAUCAGUGUCUUGAGAGACACGGUACAGCUGUCGAUAGCGUGUUUGAUCCUGAUCUUACUGCUGAUCACUGUCGAGCUGUGGUUGACCGUGCGGUAUCUAUGGUUCCUUCGACGUAACAAACAGCGACUCGAUGAGCGAUGCAUUCCGGAUGGGAAAAUAGACUGGAUGGUAUAUAACGCGAGAUUAGCCGAGCAGUUUGCAAGCCAACAGCGCGGCCAGGGAGAGAAACCCCCAAAGAGUCGUGACUAUUUCCGCCGGGCAUCUUUUGGCAACGGCCUUGAUCCUAACGCCCAAUCCUCCGGACUUGCCCGUGUUUAUAGCACCUCAAAAUCAACAUCCGGAGCCACUCGCGGCGAUUUAAGGAACUCGCCCUUCAAGAAACCAACCCGACCAACACCUCCUCAUAUCGUUGUUCCAAUCAGGAAAGAAGCUACUGUUAAUGAACAUGAGCUAAGCAGAAUGCCUAUUUAUAAUCGCUCGUGUAACGGUAUCGACUCAGCGAUCUCAUCUGAUCGUGGAAGCUCCCAACAUCUGGUCACACCAAAUCUGGACACCCAUAUGCUCAAUCCACAGCUCUCACAGAGAUCCUCGAUCACUAUGGUCAAGCCCACUACGCAAAGUGAAGGCUCAUCGCCAAGAGUCAGCUUCUACUCCAAGGGAGAAGAUGAAGACAGGAUUGAUACUAUCACACCCGUCACGCCCACAAUGCCCAUCAAGCCCCUUACACCACCUGGUGGUAGCAAAAAAUAA